AAACCAAAGGAGGGGCUUGAGUAGUUUCAUCCCAAUACUCCUCCACCCCUGGAUUAGGACCCCUGAACAUGAGUUGCGAGAAGAAUAGUCACAGCAUCAACAUCAUCUGCUCGGAGACGGUACGGUACUCCUUCGUCAGCCACCUCUCCGGCGCUUUACGCCGCCAAGGCAUCUCUGUGUUUGUGUUUGCGGGUACAGAUGAGCUGGAAUCUUAUUCCUUCCCCGAUGAUCAGAAUCAGGAAGCUAGGGUUUCGGUGGUGGUUUUCUCCGAGAGCUACGCGUCUUCUGGUCGUUGGUUUGCUAAGCAGCUCGAGCUUCAUAAGAAGAAUGGCUACGUAAUUGUUCCAGUGUUCUACGGCGUUGACCCAUCGGUUGUGAACCGAGAUCUCGAAUUUCUGGGAACAAUGAAGAGAGACGGAAACUUAACACGCCAUCCAUCAAGCGACUCGGAGCUUGUGGAAGAGACCGUGAGGAAUGUUUUUGCGAAGCUCUCUCCUACAGAACGAAUUGGAAUAUACUCGAGGCUACUGGAGAUUGAAAACCUGCUUUGCGAGCAACCUUGGGACAUCCGAAGCUUAGGAAUCUGGGGCAUGCCUGGCAUAGGGAAGACGACACUUGCUAAAGCACUAUUUGAGCAGAUUCACUGUGACUACGACGCUUCUUGCUUUAUCGAGAACUUUGAUGAAGCUCUUUAUAAGGCGGGACCUCAACGUUUACUGGAAGAGCAAAUUUUCAAGGUUGUGAUGGAAAAGUUUGGAGUGAGCAGUUCUUACAUUACAAGACUGAGCCUCCUUAAGGACAAGCUUUGCGAUACAAGGAUUCUUCUUGUUCUUGAUGAUGUGCGUAAUCCUCUAGUUGCAGAGUCUUUCCUUGCAAGGCUUGAUUGGUUUGGUCCCGGAAGUCUGAUCAUCGUAACCUCCAGAUAUAAACAAGUGUUUGCCCAUUGUCAGGUAAAUGACAUAUAUAGGGUUCAGGGUUUAAACGAGCAGGAGGCUCUGCAGCUAUUCUCCCAAACUGUCUUUGAAAAAGAUGUGCCAGAGCAGAAUGACCGGGAACUAUCAUUGAAGGUGAUUGACUACGCUAAUGGAAACCCAUUGGCUCUCAGUAUAUAUGGCCAAGAGCUGAAGGGGAAGAAGUCAGAAAUGGAGGCUACAUUCCUCGAGCUCAAGCAAUGCCCUCCACAAAAGAUUCAGGAUGGGCUAAGGAGUGUUUAUAGUGCGCUUAGUGACAACGAGAAGCACAUCUUCUUGUACAUUGCUUGUUUCUUCAAAGGAGAGAAUGUCGACUAUGUGGCGCAGCUGCUUAAAGGGUGUGGUUACUUUCCUCGUGCUGGAAUAGAUAUUCUUGUGGAGAAGUGUCUGGUGAAUAUUUCAGAAAACACAUUGCAGAUGAAUGACCUGAUCCAAGACAUAUUCAGAGAAAUCAUUGUUGUAGAUAGAAUACAAAUGAAGAAGUGCGCCACUAUGUGGCAACCUUCCAGCAUUAGAUAUCUACUAGAAGAUGAUGAACUCAAAGGAGAUGACCAACUGAAAGAAACUCCUAAAUGUGUUAUGGUCGCUGAAGACAUCAAAGGCAUAUGUUUGGACGCAUCAAACAUGAUAUUUGAUGUCAAACCUGAUGCCUUCAAGACUAUGGUCAGUCUAAGGUUCCUGAAGAUAUACAAUUCCCAGUCUGAAAACAUUCAUGGACACAAAUUUCCCAAGGGGCUCAGUUCUCUGCCUAGUAAUCUAAGGCUCCUUCACUGGGAGGAAUAUCCCUUCAAAUCCUUGCCUCAAGCUUUUGACCCACGGGAACUUGUCGAACUCAGUAUGUCUUACAGUCAGAUUAAGAAACUCAGGGCAAGAACCAAGAACCUCAAGAUGUUGAAAAGGAUCAGGCUUUGUCAUUCCCAGCAGCUAGUUGAAUUUGAUAUACUUUUAGAUGCUAUAAAUAUCGAGCUAAUUGAUCUCCAAGGUUGCACAAGAUUGCAAAGUUUCCCAGACACCAGUGAAUUACAACAUCUCAAAGUUGUAAAUCUCUCAGGUUGCACAGAAAUCAAAAGUUUCCAAGGGGCUCCACCAAAUAUUGAGGAACUACAUCUCCAAGGAACCAGUAUAAGAGAAAUGCCAAUUUCCAUGGUGACCCACUACCCCCAGAAAGUUAAGCUGAACCGCCAAAAGUUUUUAAAUCUUUUAGAAAACUUCCAGGAUGUUGAGCAUAUGGACUUGGAGAGUGUAACAGAGCUGGUUAAAGUAAGCUCAUAUAAUCAAGGUUUUGGCAAGCUUGUACACUUGAACAUGAAAGAUUGUUGUCAUUUGCAAAGUCUUCCUGACAUGGUCAGUCUAGAAUCUCUCCAACUUCUUCUUGUGUCUGGCUGCUCAGAGCUUGAGGAAAUUAAGGGUUUCCCUAGAAACAUGAAAAAGCUAUAUCUUGGUGGAACCGCCCUACGAGAAGUGCCACAGCUUCCCCAAAGUCUAGAAUUCUUGAAUGCUCAUAAUUGCUUGUAUCUGAAGUCGAUUCGUUUGGACUUCGAGAAGUUUCCUAGGCACUACAUCUUCAGUAAUUGUUUUAACUUUCCUCCACAAGCUAUCACUGAGUUCCUAGAGAAAGAUCUUACAAUAGUAUCAAACAUAGCCGGAGCAAAAAAACAGCAUUUGUUUGAACAGGAACACAUCAAAGCAUCUGAAGUCACCAUUUGUAUUCCUUUAGAUGCAUGUCAAACAUCUCACUUUCUCUUGCAAGCAGGCCCAAUUGUAACGAUAGAUUUAGCUCCUUGGACGGGGAAGCCUAUCUCUGGCUUUACUAUGACUGUUGUAGUAUCAUUUCAGGAUGAUUACCACAAUACUGUAGGUCUUGGGAUUAGGUGCAUAUGCACAUGGAAGGCCAAGAGUGGCUACUCGAAAAUUACAGAGAGGAUAUUUCAGUGUUGGACUCCAACGGAAGCUCCAAAUGUUGAUUUGGAUCACAUAUUUAUCUUCUAUGAUACCGAAAUGCAUCCUAGUGGUGAAAAACACCCCAAUUUGUGGGAUGAAGAAGUUAAAUUUGAAUUCCACACAGUGAGUUGGGAAAAAAAGCUUUUAGGUGCUAACUGCAAGGUCGCCUUUUGUGGCGGCAGGAUAAUUACAGCUCCAAUACCUACUGAAAUCACAACAGAAAGUGACGAUGAUUCAUGGGUUCUUGUAGAGGGUCCUCCAGCAUCUUCUACAAUAGUGCUAGAGGCAAAGAGCCCAACUCCACUUUCAUCCAACGAGCCACCAGCAACUACAAGUCCAUCUCCAUUGUUUUCGCUUGAGCAUGAUGUUGGCUGGGGCCAUAAGUUUAGACUGAGAGAUCUUGAAAUGGCAACUAAUGGAUUCUCAAACGAAAAUUUUAUUGGUGAAGGCGAUUACGGGGUUGUUUACAGAGGAGAGUUUUUAGACAGUACUCCUAUUGCAGUUAAAAAGAUUAUAAAAAAGUUGGACCAAAGAGGAGAGGAAGAAUUUAUCUGUAAAGUUAAUGCAGUCGGUCGUAUGUGUCACAAGAACAUAGUCCGUCUUCUUGGAUAUUGCAUUGAAGGCACAGACAGAAUAUUGGUUUACGAGUAUGUGAGCAACGGAAACUUGGAAAAUUGGCUUCACGGAGAAAAAAAACAACAUGGAUGUUUAACUUGGGAAGCAAGGAUGAAGAUUCUCAUCGGUACAUCAAGAGCUCUUGCAUUUAUACAUGAAGCAAACGAAUUUCACAGAGACAUCAAGCCAAGCAACAUACUGAUCAACGACGAAUUCGAAGCAAAAGUUUCGUAUUUAGGACUUGACACGUCAGAAAAACGAGCGAUGGGAACAUACGCGAUAAGAACAUACGCGAUGAGAACAUACGCAUACGCUGCUCCAGGAUUUUUAAGGACAGGGAUAUUCUAUGAAAAAGACGAUGUGUAUAGUUUCGGUGUUGUGCUCUUAGAAGCAAUCACAGGACGGCACCCUAUUGAUCACAGCCGUCCUGCUCGUGAGGUAAACCUAGUGGAGUGGUCGAAGAUGAUGGUUAGAAAAAGGCGAUCGAAAAAAGUACUUGAUCCAAAGAUAGAGGUUAGGCCGCCUGCGCGAGCACUGAAACGAGUUCUUUUGUUAGGUCUACGUUGUGUUGAUCCAGAUAUAGUCAAGCGGCCAAAAAUGAGUGAAGUUUUGUUUUAUAUGCUAGAGUCUGAGGAAUAUCCCACUCCCAUUCGAGGAGAAACAACAGGUUGUUGGAACUCGUUUUGCAUAAACCGGUGAUACACUAAUCAAUCUUUUGUUACAGCCAAGUUAACUGUCUUCUUGUAAUAUGUUUAGAUUUAAUUCCAAAUGCCAGUUCGCACUUUA